UGCGGGAACUGGCUGGUCCAGCAAAUUCCAACCUGGAUUGCGCCAAACGCGUUGACUAUUUCAGGACUGCUGGUCAAUAUCGUCUCCACGUUGGUGCUCGUGUAUUAUUGUCCCACUGCAACAGAGGAGGCUCCAUGUUGGGCUUUUAUCCUCAGCGCCCUCGGCCUGUUCAUCUACCAGUCUCUGGAUGCCAUUGAUGGGAAACAGGCUCGUAGGACAAACAGCAGCUCACCACUGGGGGAGCUCUUUGACCAUGGCUGUGAUGCUGUCUCUACAGUGUUUGUUGCCGUCGGAACGUGCAUCUCAUGUGGGAUCGGUAGAUUCCCAGACUGGAUAUUCUUCUGUGGAUUUAUUGGGAUGUUCAUGUUCUUCUGUGCCCACUGGCAGACUUAUGUGUCCGGGACUCUGCGCUUCGGCCUGGUCGACGUCACAGAGGUGCAGUUCGCCAUCAUGACCAUGUAUUUGAUGUCAGCCUUCGGUGGAGUUAGCCUCUGGUAUUCAACGUUGCCGCUCCUCGGACUGAAGCUGUACAUCUUCCCGAUCAUUGGUAUCAUCGGAGGCGCACUCUACUCCUGCUACAACUACUUUUACGUCAUCAUGAAUGGUGGCGUUGGCAAAAAUGGCUCCACGGUAGCUGACACCAGUGUCCUGAGUCCUGGUUUGCACAUCGGCCUCAUCCUCACGUUGGCCUUCAUCAUUUUCAAAAAGUCAUCCAGUCACCUGUUCGAGCACCACCCCUGUCUGUACCUGCUGACGUUCGGAAUGGUCAUCUCCAAAAUAUCCAACAAGCUAGUGGUCGCCCACAUGACCAAGAGUGAGCUGCACCUCCCGGACACUGCGUUCCUAGGGCCAGGCCUGCUCUUCCUCAACCAGUACUUUAACAGCUUCGUAGACGAGUACAUCGUCCUCUGGAUCGCCAUGAUCCUGUCUCUAGUGGAUCUGACGCGCUACUGCAACGGCGUCUGCCUCCAGAUCGCCUCCCACCUGAAGAUCCAGGUCUUCAGCAUCACGCCGCCGCCGCAGAGCCACGCCCACCGCGACUGACGGCUUGCCCGGCGGGAGGAGGCGGGUGGAGAUGCGGAUCUCUCCCCGCUCCUGGAAGCAGACGAGGACCUUGGCGGCGCUGACAGAGUUUCAAGCCCGAGCCACUGCAGCCUUGACAAAGUGAUCACUUCAGACUAAAACUGCCUUUCCUACCAGACGGUACCAGAACGAGACUGAACCAAAUUAUAAUAUUAACGAUGACAGGAAUAAUGCUUGGGAAGCAUCAAUACUGUAUAAAGAAAUGAAAGGAAACAGGAAUCUUUUUAAUUUAAACAUUUUUGCAUGUUGAAAUUAAAUAAAAACAUUUUUUAACAUUUA